GAUUAACUAGGACUCCACGUUCAUAUUGAGGAGGUUGACAUUUUAGAAGAAAAAUUGGAGGAAAGUAAAUUUCAGAGUCUGAUCUUUGAUUAAGGAAUAUUUGUAGACUGCCUUAAUUGACUCCAAAGAAGAAAAUUCCCCUUCCAUCUAGACUUCCACACGUACUCUCCUUGUUUUUUUCUUAUUCUUUCUUUCAGCAUCUAUUCUUUUAACAAAUUGUUUAGCCAUGGAAAUGAAGAACAACAAUUCAUUUCUAAUACUCUAUCUGCUCUUUUUAUGCUUCAAUCUCAACACUAAUCUCUCCUUUGGAUCAGGGGACAACAUUUCUACUAAUGAAUUUCUUUCCAUUGGCCAAACAAUUGUAUCUUCGGGUGGAAACUUUGAGCUUGGUUUCUUCAAACCAGGUAACUCUCUCAACUAUUACAUAGGCAUAUGGUACAAGAAAAUUUAUCCACAAACUGUUGUUUGGGUAGCAAAUAGAGAGAAAUCAGUUGAUAUAUUAGAUGGUAAUAUGAGUUUACCUGUGUUGACAAUUAUUCAAGGUAACUUGGUACUUCUUGAUAAAAAUCAAAACUCAAUAUGGUCAUCAACACAUGACCAUUAUAACAACACUCGAAAUAAUUCAGUCAUAGCAGUUCUAGGUGAUGAUGGCAAUUUGAUUUUGAGUGAUGCUUCAAAUACAUCGACACCCUUAACACUUUGGCAAAGUUUUGAUCACCCAACAGAUACAUUUUUACCUGGUGCUAAGCUUGGAUAUAACAAAAUUACACAAAGGAAACAUGUUCUGGUUUCAUGGAAGAAUUCGAGUGAUCCAGCACCAGGAUUGUUUUCCUUGGAGCUAGAUCCAAACCUUGCCCAAUUCAUUGUAAAAUGGAAUAAGACUAUACAGUAUUGGAAAAGUGGAACAUGGACUGGUGACACAUUUAGCUUAGUGCCUGAAAUGAGCAUCUACUAUGUUAACAACGAGAACGAGUCCUAUUUUACAUAUUCGAUUUUCAAGAAUAGUACAACCACAUCAAGGUUGAUCAUAGACGUCUCAGGACAAAUGAAGCAACGAACAUGGUCGAAUAAUGCAGCUGGUUGGAAUGAAUUUUGGGCUCAACCUAGAGAACAAUGUCAGGUUUAUGGUUAUUGUGGGGCAUUUGGAGUUUGCACUAGUAAUACUAAUUCACCCUGCAAUUGUUUGACUGGUUUCAUGCCAAGAUCAGUCGAUGAAUGGAAUUUGAAUGAUUAUUCGGGUGGAUGUGCAAGAAAAGGGAAGUUGCAAUGUAGUGCCAUUACUGAAGACAAGGAUGAUUUCUGGAUGAAUUUGACCAUGAGAUUACCUACUUCUCAAUAUACAAAUGUCACAGUUGGAGAAGUCUCGCAAUGCAGAGAUACUUGUUUCGAUAGUUGUUCUUGCACUGCUUAUACUUAUGAUGGCUUAGGUGCCUGUUCAAUUUGGACAGGAUAUCUCUUCAAUCUGCAACAACUCAGCGAAAAUGAAACAGAGAGGACUAUCUCUGUCAAACUUGGCUCCCUUCAAGCUCAAACUAAAGCGAAGAAAUCAAUGAAGCUUAAAGCUAUCCUUGCUGCCAUAAUACUUUUUAUGGUUCUACUCAUAUGCAGCAUUAGCUACAUUUACUAUAGAAGAAGAAGAACGGCAAAAGGAACAGGGACACAAAUCUCUCACUGGCACAAAGCUGAAGGAGAAGGAAGAGAAUUGAUGAUUGAAAACGAUGAGAAUAAAGUCAUUGAUGUUCCAUAUUUUGAUUUGGAAACCGUUUUGGUAGCUACUGACAACUUCUCAGAUGCAAAUAAGCUCGGACAAGGGGGAUUUGGUCCUGUUUACAAGGGUAUGUUUCCAGGAGGAGAAGAGAUUGCAGUGAAAAGGCUAUCAAGUCACUCCGGACAAGGCAUAGAUGAAUUUAAGAAUGAAGUGACUUUAAUUGCGAAACUUCAGCAUCGAAAUCUGGUCAGGCUUUUGGGAUAUUGCAUCAAUGCAAUGGAACAAAUUUUGUUGUACGAAUAUAUGCCAAAUAAAAGUUUGGACACAUUUAUAUUUGAUGGAUCACUUUGUACAUUACUGGAUUGGAAGAAACGUUAUGACAUCAUAUUGGGCAUUGCACGAGGUCUUGCUUAUCUUCACCACGAUUCACGACUAAGGAUCAUUCAUAGAGAUUUAAAAACUGGCAACAUUUUACUAGAUGAGGCAAUGAAUCCAAAAAUUUCAGAUUUUGGCUUGGCAAGGAUUGUUGAAGGAACAAAAACAGAAGCAAAUACAAAGAAAGUAGUGGGGACCUAUGGCUAUAUGUCUCCUGAAUAUGCAUUAGAUGGACUGUUUUCCAUCAAAUCAGACGUAUUCAGUUUUGGAGUAGUCGUACUUGAGAUAAUUAGUGGAAGAAAGAACACUGGAUUUUACCAACCAGAAGAAGCGCUAAACUUGUUAGGUUAUGCAUGGAAAUUGUGGAUAGAAGAGAAGGCAAUACAACUAACAGAGAAGUCAUUACUUGAUUCAUGCAACAUGAGUGAAGUGAUAAAGUGUAUCAAUGUCGCACUCUUGUGUGUACAAGAAGAUUCAAUUGAUCGUCCCAAUAUGUCAGAUGUCAUAGUAAUGUUGGUAGGGGAAAAUACGUGUCUUCCUAGACCUAAUCGACCAGCUUUUGUAAUGAGAACACACACGUCUAACAUAUCGUCUUCCUCCAAAGUUUCUAACAAUCAAGUGACAAUUACAAUUGAGGCAGGACGAUAACAGCAAUAGUGAGAAAUAUUCGCAGUCGACAUGUAUAUAUGUUACAUUUGUAAUGUUUGCCUGCAUAUAUUUGAAGCACUAGUAUGAUAUCAAGAUA